UAUGUCUGUGUAGGCGUCGAAGCGUCAUCUUUCCAUGUGUUCGCGUGGACUUCAACAAACACUUGGCCGUACUUAAAAGUGCGGGAAGCUAUGUGAGGAACUUAAGGCAUUGGGCAGAGGAGGGGCUGCGGGGCGCGGUUGCCCGCCCAACAUGAGCGACAGUCAGCCGCCAGUCGGCUCCUCGUUCCCCGAUGAGCGACCGUUCUGGCUGCCACGGGUCCGAUAUCGCGCGGUUUUCGUAAACAUAGUUCGCGGACCGCGGACGCGAGUAUAAUCGUGUAUUGUUUUCACGGCAUUCGUGUGAAGGCCAGUUGUGUUUGCUCGACAGUAAUUAUUGGCGGCUUAAAAUCGAGAUAUAAGCGUUGUUCUAGCGCCAUGUGUGCUGAUCACCAAGGUGCGACUUCGGCCGGUUGACCACACACGCACACGCACCAUCACCACGCAUACUGUGAGGAAUGAGGAUGACGUGUAAUGUGUAUCUGUGAUGUAGUGGUGCAGUGGUCGGGAAGCGGGGGUGGAGGCGGCGGGGCGGGGCGGCGACAUGAGGGGCGCGCGCGCAACCCGCCCCGGCCGCCAUGCAACGCCUGCGCACCACUUUCAAACGUUCAAGAACGCCGACACCUGCCGACAUGAAGACACAAAGCAGCCUCGAGGUGCCCAAACAGGUCCGAUCGGCAUCAUUCGAUGAGAUCCAGUUGGAGGCAGCGCGGGGCUCUGGCACCAGCGUUUUGCUUGCUGUGCCGCAGCCCGGCGCUCGCAGUCGCUCCUUCGAUUCUGCUGGAUCGGAUGACUCGGGCACCUAUCUCGAGGUACCGCGAUUGUGGUCCCGACGCAGAUCAGGUAAAGGCACCCCACCACCAUGCGUGCAUUGUCGCCACAUGGAAACGUGGCUCGCUCGUCGUAGCGAAGAACGAACUACCCCAGAAAGACCGUUGGCCUCUUCUUCGGCCGAAGAUGAUGAUGAAGAUGAAGAUGAAAGCGAGGCAGAAGGCCCUCGAGUCACUCUUGAGCCCCCACCUCCAACUCGAGUUAUCAUACCGCCGCCUCUGCCGCAGUCGCCGCCUCCUUCUCCUGGAGCGCCAUCAUUCGAAUUGCAACCCCCUAGUGACGAGCCUCCUAUAUUACCACAAAGACGUCGAUCGAUAUCUAGGCAAGAAGCCUUCUUUGUGGAGCCUACAGGAAGUUCACUCGAGAAUGUUCGAGCGUCGGAAGAAGGAGUGGCAAGUGCGGCAAGGGACUCGCUCGUCCACGACAUUUAUUUGGCAGUGCCCGAGUUAAAACGCGAUCGCGCCGCGUCGGUUGAUUCCUGUUUCUCGAAAGUAUCGGGUGGAGCUCGAGCCGAACAAUUGAACGGUAGUGCAAAUUCAUUAACCGUGCCUGGUACUGGACUCCGAUCGAGGUCAGUGGACAUUGUACUGCCUACGGCUGAGCAAUCGCGCUACAAGGCGUUGGCCUUGACAUCAGCCCAAGUUCAAUCAACAGUCCAGCAGCAGGAAUCAGCACAAGCGACAUGUACUGUGAACGCGACUCUCGACAACAGACGGCCUGGCGAAGCGGUUGGUGCUCGAGUUCUCCGGUCCACACCCGACUGGGGAGAAGGAGCAAUCAGUGGCGAACAUCUCUGGUCACCCACCUCGGUAUCAGGCGAUUGUUGUUAUGUCGGAGAUGCAGAAUGUCAGAAACAUGGAUCCAGAAUGAAGUGUUCAGCUUGUAAGAUCAUCGCGCAUACGGCGUGCAUUGACAUCCUUAUGGACAGAGUCCAAUUCACAUGCAAGCCUACAUUCCGCGACGUGGGUGUACGUCAGUAUCGCGAGCAGACUGUCACGCAUCACCACUGGGUACAUCGCCGCUCUGAGAAGGGCAAGUGCAAGGCUUGCGGCAAGUCGUUCUGGCGUCGCUGCUGUCGGUGGUGCAUACCAACAAGGGGCUCCAUAGACACGGCUAUGCAACUACACAAUGGUGAUAUGAACCAUUCGCUGCAGGCAAAACUCUCCUUCAGCUCUAAAGAGAUCGUCGCUCUGAGUUGCUCCUGGUGUAAAGACGCCUACCACAACAAAGAAAGCUGUUUUAAUCUUCAGCGAAUAGGGGAAGAAUGCUCAUUAGGUUCACAAUCAAAUAUAACAGUACCACCUUCGUGGAUUGUUAAAUUGCCCAGAAGGGGGAGUUUUAAAUCGUCGCUAAGAAAAUCCCCGAAGAAGAAAAGUGCCUCUAAAAAGAAAGGAAAGGAGUCGAAAAACGAACUGAGAACUUUCGUUAUUAAACCCAUACCGACAACGAACGUAAAACCGGUGUUGGUUUUCAUUAAUCCGAAGAGCGGCGGCAAUCAAGGGGCCAAAUUACUUCAGAAGUUCCAGUGGUUAUUAAAUCCUCGACAGGUGUUCGAUCUCACACAAGGUGGCCCUGGGCCCGGAUUGGAAUUAUUUCGUAAAGUACCCAACUUGAGGGUAUUAGCGUGCGGCGGAGACGGCACUGUUGGAUGGGUGCUCAGUGUUCUCGAUCGCAUCGGCUCAAGACCCGCCGUUGGAGUCCUGCCUCUUGGCACAGGGAAUGACCUCGCACGAGCACUUGGGUGGGGAGGGGGUUACGAAGAUGAGCCUAUAUCGAAAAUUCUCGCCAACAUCGGAGAAAGUGACACAGUAUUGUUGGACAGAUGGCAACUGACAGUAGAACCAAACACUUCGGCAUCAGGCGAGGACACCAUUAAUGCGAAACCAGAGCUGCCACUAAACGUAGUCAAUAAUUACUUUUCGUUUGGCGUUGAUGCUCACAUCGCUUUGGAGUUUCACGAAGCCAGGGAAGCCCAUCCUGAGAAGUUCAAUUCUCGAAUAAGAAACAAGUUGUUCUAUGGAACGGCAGGAGGGAAGGAUCUCAUGCAGCGCAAGUGGAAAGGGCUUGCCGAAUUUGUCACUAUGGAGUGUGACGGGAAAGAUCUCACACCAGUGCUCAGAGAGCAUAAAGUACAUGCUAUAGUUUUCUUAAACAUUCCAAGUUACGGGGGUGGCACUCACCCUUGGAAUAAGUCUGGAGGAGCUGUUGAGCCCUCUACUGAAGAUGGAUUAAUAGAAGUAGUAGGAUUAACCACAUAUCAAUUGCCUUUAUUGCAAGCCGGAGGUCAUGGUACCUGUAUAACUCAAUGCAAGACUGCUAAAAUAGUAACCACAAAAGUUAUUCCGAUGCAAGUAGACGGCGAGGCUUGUCGACUGGCGCCUUCAAUUAUUACAUUGUCUCGUCUCAAUCAGGCAACGAUGCUCGCUAAAAGAAAACCUGGGAGGAUUAUAGCACCUCAAACAACAUUAGACAAACUAACGCUGACAGUGAAUCUCAUUACUAUGGCGGACUACGAAAGGCAUCAUUAUGACAAGGAACUACUCGCCAAGACAGCCGAACGUGUGGGCUCUUUUGAUGUGAAUCCCGCAACUGACUUGGAGCAAAUACGUACCCUCAUUCAAAACAUGAUCAAAGAAUCUCAACAGUACUCCAACCUUGUUGACUGGUGGUUUGUUGACUCCGUAACAGCAGAACGAUUUUUUAGAAUCGACAAAGCCCAGGAGAAUCUUCAUUUCCCAGCAGAUAUUGGACAUGAGAACAUUUACAUACUCGAUGCGGCGCCACACACGCCCGACACCGAAACCACAGCUCAGCCAGACACCACUGCCUCACUCGACAGGACCGGUCCCUCAGUUUCUCUGGAUACAACUACCGGAUUGUCCGUGUCAUUGGAUAUCUCACAAAGUGUUGAUACGCCCAGUGCCGGAGUUUCGCUGGAUGUACCAGAAUCUCAUGCAAGCGAAUCCGGUUUUGGUAGUCCCGCGAGAACGUCAGAAGACCAAUUGACCCCGCAGACCCCUCCCCCCAUAUACUCUGUCUCGGCUCCUGCAACUAAAACCUCUGCUCCUCCAACACCAAAGACAAUACCCCCAUCUCCCUCUAAAGUUCCUGUGUUGACCCAAGAGCCUAACUCCCCGCCGUUGUGUACCAGCCCACCAGCCAAAGAUAUUCGACCAACACGCGAGUCCAUCGCCCGAUUCAAAACAAAUUUGUUAGAAAAAACAUCCGACGCACUACUAAAAGCAGCGAAAGUGGGCGAUUUGAAACUGAUGAAAGAGCUUCAUGCGGCCGGCUACUCGUUACUCUCGAUCGAUGCCAGCGGACAGACAGCAUUGCAUAUUGCAGCCCGAUACGGGAACAAAGAGAUAAUUAAAUAUCUGAUAGCGUGCGCUCCGACCGCCAUAUUGAACAUGAGAGACAACGAACGCGGUCAGACAGCUCUGCACAAGGCGGCGGCGCAUCGACGGCGCGCGGUCUGCUGUAUGCUGGUAGCAGGCGGUGCUUCUCUGACGCGCGCCGACCACGCAGGUCUGACGCCGCGGCAUCUCGCGCUUCGGGCCGACGAUCACGACCUCGCCGCCUACCUUGAAAGUCAAGAACAUUUCCAAUUAGUGUCCGAAGACUUAGAAACUGCUGUUUGAACGAGGAAGUUCCGAAAACAGUCACUAACCAUUCAUGACCUCACAUGUCACCGUGAGUAACGUUACUCCACUUACGGAGUCUAGUAAAGAUUAGUCGACUGUCUAUCCACAGGGAUAUUUCGAUUAUAUGAAUAUGUUUUGCUACUUACAUAGGAGCUUCAUUGUUUGUCAUUUAAAUAUUUCCAAUUAAUGUACUUAUAAUUAGACUGCAUACUUCGAAUUAAUUAUUAAGGGCAUAUUUCAAUGAGCUAAUCAAUCAGUUAAGGUUAACGAUUCAAACAUCUAAGUAAUUCGUUUGUUACAAUAAUUACGAAUUUGGAUUAUUCAUUUUAAAACUUUUAUGCCGUCUAGGGCUCGCUUGCAUCAAUUUACAAAUAGGUAAUGUUCUGCAUCUUGUUAUUCAUCAAAUUUGAAUGCUUCUCAUCUGAGUAGAGAUUGAGUAGGUUUAAUGGGUUCUUAAUAUACCUAUUAAUCGUCGGUAACGAAGAGACCUUUAUUCGUGCAUUUUUAUCAUUCUUCGUGCAUUUUUAUCAUAAACCAAAGUAUUUUAUGUAGAAUCCAAUCAAUUGUUUUUUCAUAAGGAAUGCUCCAAAUAUAGAAGAUACUUAAUCGCGCUUAAAUAUUAAAAUAGAUUGGAUCCACUUAAAUUGAUGUAGAUCGUCUUAAACAUUAGCUUAAUUUCAUUAUGGCAUUCGUGUGUAAUUAGUAGUUUUUUUUUCUGCAGUAAUUGUGACGUGGAAAUUGCUAAAACAUUUAAUGGAUGUUUAGGAACAAAUCCCUAUUGUAUGAUCUUAAAGUUUAUGCAAGUAUUUUUCAGAUUAGACACUCUUACACUCACUGUUGUAUUCAAAUCAAUAUAGUUAUAUGUAAUUCUAAGAAUUUUUGAUUCUCUAUCUUUGCAUAUAUGUAUUCUAUAUUCAUAGAAAAAUGGCACCAGAUACUAAUAAUUUAUAAAUAAAAUAUACGACUAUUUUCCGAAAACUUCACUUCACUUUGACAAUUAGUUCGUAAUUAAAGUCUCUAUAAAAUUGUUAUAAAUGUACAACGUUAUUAAAUUUUAUUUAGCAAUAACUCCUGAAAUAUAAUAACUCCUGAAAGUGUGUAUAGUAUUUUUUACUUUCGUGUAAAAUCUUAGUCUUGUAAAAAAAUAAACAUCUAUUUUCUGUCUUUUAACCUUAUUUCAAGUGCUUAAGAAGUAAGAAAAACUUAACUAUUAACCUUCAUUUCUUUGCUGGCUUGUUUUUAUCGUAUAUCCUUAAGAUUACACGGUCGUAGGUUCCGCGAGGAAUUGUUUGAGAUAAACCCGUCAACUCCUUGCUAUUGCAACUCCAAAGUAGAAUUAAUGGCGGAAACCGCUGAAUUCGUCCACAUUAGGUUCUCAAGUCUGCAUUCUCUCCAAAACGAAACGCAAGAGUUUUUAGCAUCAGAAAUAGGUACGUAUUAACUUCUGCUAGUAUAACAACGACAACCGGUACUAUUGGGUAUAAAAAUUAGAAGCUGACUGAGCUAGAAAUAUGAAGUGAGAAUUUAGUUGUUUAUUAAUGAAUGUCUGGGAAGUAAGAAUAGCUCGUAGUAAUGGGAUUCACCACAUCUGCUAAUUUAUAGCCGAACAGCUUUAUAAAAUAGGAUUCACAGGCUUUAAAAUAACAAAAGAAAAUAUUUUUUCCCUUUCGGUAUUUUAUCUUGUUUAUUUCCGCGAUCGAAGCUCCGAAACUAUUUGUAAACGUUCAUAUCAGUGGAGAGUACUUAUCGUAGGGACGCUUAGCAACUAAAUCUUUCGACAAUGGGAGGCUUCCACUCGCCCUUUCUGUCUAUUGUUAUUUAUUAUCGUAUCCAAUAAUGUUCGAUUUAUUUGUUGUCUAGCUGUUCACAAGUAGGACAAGUUAUUGUUGUUUACGACUAUUUAUGUCUAUACUUCUAUGUGUAGUAAUAAUUUAGUGUUUAACGAAUUUACUCGUAGGUACUACUCGCUGUAGAGCGAACAAUGAAAGACAAAGCUGUGAGAAUUUCGAUCGUAAUGUAAAAAGAUAGUUAUUUUAUCGUAAGAGUAAACAUUGUACCCUAAAGAUGUUUUGUGAAUUUCUUAAUUAAUGUGUAGGUUAAUUAUGUAGUCGUUAGGUUAAUGAUUUUGAAUUGAAUGAAAUGAAAUCUGAGUUGUGAGAUUAAUGGAAUUAGAUCUUAAUUUAGACAAAACCUCUUCGAUCGAUAUACGUUACGAAUUUUAUGAUCGUUCCGUGCUAUAUAGAACGUCGCGUGUGUACUUACUGAAAUAAUGAUGGCUUUCCUUUGCCCCUAGCGCCCCUUGCCGAUAAAACAAACGAGACAAACUCUACUCACUAUUUAUACAUGUAACUAGUUACGCGAAUUUAGCGAAUUAGACAUUUUAGAAGCUUCACAGUAUAUUAUAUUUAUUCACUAACCUUAGGACAAUUGAGUCGUCUAUUAUCAAAGGUGGCAAUCUGUGCAUUUGGACAAAAAAAUGUUAUUGAUAUGUCAAUACAGAUUGAUUUGAAUAUAAUCGUCUCCUUCAAAGAAUACGGUUCAAAACCUGCAUUAAAUAAAGGUUAAUACUUAACCUGUUAUUUAUCUAAGUUGUCGUUCAGAAGAGUUUUGUGACUGCCAAUGGAAUACAAAGUCAAUAAUUCGUUUUUCUGAUUUACCAAUAAUUGUCCAAAAGUCACAUUGCCGGCUUUGAUAAUAGUCGAUUAAAUUAUAGUCGUAUUUAAAAUAACAAAUGAAUCUGAAUACUCGUAGUUCGUCUGUCUUCGCGAUAAAUGAAUGAAAUAUUCUUGAUAACAAUUAGGCGAACUAUUAGAUGUUAAGCCUAAACUUUAAUCAUAUUAUGAUAUCGUAUAGAUAGUGUUUGUGUGUACAUACUAUAUCGGAGGCCUUUGUUCCGUAGCCUAUUGUAUAUUUCUCCUUAGAAUAUUUCACGACCAAAUUCUUAAAUUUUAAUGAACAAUGAAUAUCACUAGGUUAAUAAUAUCCAAGCACUGAUCUAGAGAAUAUGUAGCUAUUCUUCGAAUAUAAUCGAAUAACGAGUGGAACUCACAUUUCUAUAAAACUUUUGAUGAUUAAAACUAAAGUGUACAUGUUCAUUUGACGCAUUGUAUUGAAAUUAAUUUUUAAAAUGUAUCUCUAAUUAAAUGUCAAAUUUAUAUUAAAGCCGUUUGUGAGAAUUUAUAAGAACAUCGGAAAUAAGCAUUGAAUAGGUAUAAAAACAGCAUUUAAAAUAAAAACUUUCUUUUAAAAUUUUACACUAAAUAAUCCUAGAUUGUAAGUUUUCAGACAACUAUUAGUACUCAUACCAUUGAGUGAUAUUUACGGUUCUGGUUGUAUUUAAAAGCUUAUUUCAUUUGAAUUUCAUGUAAUUGUCAAGUUUCACUGAAAUUUACUAUAGUUACCAAAUGUAAGUAAUGCGAUACAGUUCUUUGUCUCGUUUAUAAAUAAAUUGUCGAAAUGUAUUAAUAUUUAUUUGUUGUAAAAGACGUUACGUUAUAUAAAACGAAACAUAGUGUUAUCGUGUUUGUUGAUUAAUUUAACAUUGUUGAAAUUAUCAGAUUAUUUUCAUGUUAUUAAAAUGUAUGUUAAUACCCUAUUUAUUUUAUCAUUAGUAAAUAUCCUUAGUAUGAACGCAUGUGGACUUCGUGAUACAGUUGUGAAAAAUUCUCAGAAUUAAUACCACCGACGAUUACAAUAACUUUAAUUUUCGCGACAAAUGAUUCAUUUAUAUAUAUAAAUUUCAAUGCAUUUUAAUAUUACAUUUACCGUUGAUAAGAUGUGUCUUGAGAAGUAGUCCAGAGUAUUUUGAGACAGAUAUUACUUGUAAUAUUGUGUGAACUUUAAAUAAAUUCGAAUAGUCCAGAGAUCUGAUAAAUUUUAAGAUAUGUAACAUGAGUGGAGCUUAUGUCUAUAAGAGCUUUUCCUAUAAAUAUCUGUAAUUACACAAUAAGAAUAUACAUUGCAAUUGUAAAACUCACAUUUGACAAAUAUUUUAUAUUUGACUGUGUGAUAAAAAGCGAAUAUAUUGACAUAAAAAAGUAAUUGAAAAUAUUAAAUUGCUUUGACGAGUGUUCCCAUAUAAUUAAUAAAAAUGUCUCUUUAAAACUUUUUUGGAUAUGAUCUGUUUUUAAAGGCACCAAUGUAGUGUUUUCAGAGCACUGAUUCAAUAUAAGUACAUACAUAACUUAUUUUUGCACUCAAUAAUGUUACUAAAUUAAAUAUUUUAAAUAUAAUAAUUUAAAGAAGUACACAUAAAGAACAAUAAAAUUUGAAUUUAAGAA